AUGAUGCUUCCCAGAAUACUCCUGAUGCUCUCCCUCCUGGUUCUUGGGGUGUUUGGGCUGAGGGUUCCUAGAUCGCCUGAUAAGAAAGUGAAAGAUAUCUUUCCUGAUCUUUUGGAUGCUGGCACCGACGAACUCAUGAAAGGGUUGAAGCAGAAGCAUUUCACCAGUGUUGAUCUUGUCAAGGCUUACCUUAGACGCAUCCAGGAAGUCCAAUCGCAACUUCAUGUCGUCACGGAGAUAAACCCAGAUGCCAUUUCUAUUGCACAGACUCUCGAUGCUGAAAGGGCCCAUGGAAAACUCCGAAGCGCCCUUCAUGGUCUCCCAAUGCUGGUCAAGGACAACAUCGCCACCAAUGACAAAAUGAACAACUCAGCAGGUUCCUUUGCCCUCCUUGGUGCAAAGGUUCCGCGGGAUUCAACCGUGGUUGCUAAACUCAAAGCCGCUGGUGUCAUCAUCAUCGGCAAAUCCAGCAUGUCUGAGUGGGCCAACUUCCGGUCUGGUUUUGAUAAUUCCUGCAACGGCUGGAGUGCCCAUGGCGGACAGGUGCUUGGUGCAUAUGCUGCGGACCAAGACCCGAGCGGGAGCUCGAGCGGAAGCGCCGUCGGUGCAUCCCUUGGACUGGCCUUUGCGGCGCUCGGGACUGAAACAAGCGCCAGCAUCAUCUUCCCCGGCAGUGUCAACAACGCCGUUGGAAUCAAGCCGACGGUGGGCCUUACGUCUCGCGCUCUUGUCAUCCCUGUCAGCGAGCGUCAGGACACCGUUGGGCCCCUCGCCCGCACUGUCACCGACGCAGCCCACGUUCUCAACAUCAUCGCAGGUAAGGAUCCCAGUGACUCGUACACCAACGCGCAGCCCUUCUCCCAACCGCCCGACUACACCAAAUACCUCAAAAAAAACUUCCUGGAGGGAAAACGCAUCGGCAUCCCGCGCAAUGCAUUUCUGCCCAUUGGUGAUUCCAACAUCGACGCGCCCAUCUUGGCUACCUUCGAGGCCGCUAUCAAGGAGCUCAAGGUCGCUGGCGCAAUAAUCAUCGACAACGCCAACUUCUCGCAAUGGGAAGAGUACUACAAUUCCUCUGUCACCUUCUAUGGUGCUGUUAACCUGGUCGUCGCCAUCGACUUCAUCACCAACCUCCCCCAGUACUUCGCCAAACUGACCACGAACCCAAACGACAUCACCUCCCUCAGCGCGCUGCGCGACUUCACGCAACACAACCCGCACGAGAACUACCCCACCCGCGACACUGCGGUCUUCGAUGCGGCGCUAACCGUAACCGGAGAUAAUACAGCGCCAGGCUUCCAGGCGUUCGCGGACCAGACGCACGCGUGGGGGACCUACGGCGGGGUGACGGGGGCGCUGGACACGUACAGGCUGGACGCUCUGGUGAUGCCAAGUAUGUAUGCUCCAGGGGUGCCGGCGCUGGCUGGCCUGCCGAUAGUGACGGUCCCGAUGGGAAAGUAUCCCGCAGGAACGCAGGUGCAGCGGCUAGGGCCGUGUGGGUUGGUAGCGGUGGCUCCGAAUGUGCCGAUUGGGUUGUCUUUUUUGGGAGCGGCGUGGAGCGAGGAGGAGCUUAUCGGGUGUGCUUUUGCAUAUGAACAGCGCACGUUGGUGAGGGACAAGGUGAGGCCGAUUGUCAUGCCCACGUCGCAGUUGGAGGAUGUGGUGGGCCACUAG